UUGUCACAUCCUUUGCAACACUAAUCUGUUGCUUCGCAUUAAAAAUUUUUGCCCGACUUGACGAGUUCGUAGAAAAGUCUGAGAAGGAAACGCAGAUAAGUCGGAAUUAAGGCAGCUACGAUGUCAUACCAACUGUACCGCAAUACCACGCUCGGAAACACCCUGCAGGAGAGCCUCGACGAGCUGAUUCAGUACGGCCAGAUUACGCCCGGAUUGGCGUUCAAGGUGCUGCUGCAGUUCGACAAGAGCAUCAACAAUGCUCUAAAUCAGCGGGUCAAGGCCCGCGUCACCUUCAAGGCUGGAAAACUGAACACCUACCGCUUCUGCGACAAUGUGUGGACACUCAUGCUCAACGAUGUGGAGUUUCGCGAAGUCCACGAGUUCGUCAAGGUGGACAAGGUCAAGAUCGUGGCCUGCGACGGCAAGAGCGGCGAAUUCUGAACACCACCGACACGAUCUGAACACCCACUAUAUACCAUAACCAUUACAAAUAGCCGUAAGAUUCGUAGCCGAUAAGCUGGGUUGGCCAACGAGAACCGACCGUGUGAUGCAGUAGGCAUUGCAAGAAAUACACUGUUAAUUCAUAGUUCAACAA